GUAACAAAGACAAGGUCUUCAGACGGCUAUAACCUAGCAAGUAGAUUGAGUAAAGCCUGUAAUAGAACUCAGACUUUAAGAAAAGGUGUACAAGUGUUCGGCACCUACGAAUGGGGUUAUGUGGAAACAUGUAUUAUAUGGAAAAUAGGCACUACUUUUAUCAAAAGAUUAUACAUGAUAAAAAAUCUUCCCGAGUUUGAAGAUAUCGUUAAUCCCUAUGCAAUUCGCUUUGACAAGCGCUAUUUACCUAAACAGAUUUCCAAGAAAAAUGGUGUUUCGAGAUUUUUGUUUGUACGAAACCCUUAUAACCGCCUUAUUUCUGGAUAUGUAGAUAAACUUUUAGCACCAAAUCCUAUAUACUGGAAAGCAAUUGGUGUCCCCGCCAUUCGUAACACUAGACAGAAGCCGGAUUUAAAAAGUAUUCAAUGUGGACACGACUUACAAUUUCAUGAAUAUGUGGAAUACGUUAUAAAAGCUAUGGAUCCUAAACAGAAGGGCGCAAAAGUAGAUGGGCAUUUUGAUAGAAUGACAACAUUGUGCAAACCAUGCGGGGUCAAUUACGAGUUCGUUGGAAAAAUGGAAUCUUUUGCUGAAGACUCUUUAGAGCUAGCUCGACGUCUCAAACUCUCCAAUCAAACUAUCAAUUUAUUAGAAGCAGAGGGUGGUCGGUUGUCUUGGCUAGAUGCUGUAAAAGAUACAGCACAUCAGCCUUUUGAUAAAAAAUUCCGAAAGGAUUACAUUCACUGUAUAAGUUUCUACGAAGCUUUAAAUAGGUCUUGGAAGAAAAUGCAGAUACGUGGAAUUAUUGGAAGACAGAACUUUCCGCUGAAGGAAUCACAAGAAAACACACUCACAGAAGAACAAUUUGUUCGGCUAGCAGUGGAAGCACGUGACAAAUCGACAUCGGAAGAAAGAAAACAGUUACAGAGGGAACACUUUCUACAAAUGUAUUCAAAAGUUUCUAAACCUGAGUUUGAAAUGAUUAGAAGGAUAUACGAAGCAGACUUCCGUCUUUUUGAGUACGAUGACAAACCAGAAAUUUUGUUUGGUGAUAAAAAGAUUAAAUGAAGACCAGCCUUUUCCCAUAACAUAUUUUAAUGGUAGAUUGCGGCACUACUUCGCCGAAUGUUACUCUAACACCUUUAGUAGCUAGUAGCAA